UCGCCAUCACUACACUUGUGCGCCCGGUAGUUUUCGCGCGCCUCCCUUCGUCGUCGCGACGCCGCGCCAUUUUCUCGCGCACGUGGGCGACGACGGCUUUGUGAGGGCACCCGGCUCGAACGCCAUUAACGCGGCCGUCGUGAAUGAAUGCCGACCUCGACCGGGUGGCUAGCGUCCAUUGAUAGGGCGCGCGGCGGUCCACGACCGCGGCACCGCGCCUCAUCGAACGGGGGCGGCGUGCUGCACGCCCUCGCCGACUCGUGCUCGCCUCAGUCGAGGAUGUGGCGCUCUCGGCGCGACGACACUCAACGCGUGCAAAAUUUGUGUUCAUUUAUCAGUAGACGCUCGUGACCAUUCAGUGUGAUUACCGUACCGCUUUUCGUAGAUUCCUAUACGUAAUGAUCUGUGAUCACGUCAAUUUCUUUAGGACAUUAAGUAAAUAAGUUAGUUUUACCGCGCUUUUGCAGCGUAGUCCAUCGAAGCGCAAAUCGCUGUGUUUGUGUGUAAGCGUGUCUGUGCCGAAGUGUGUGCGUGUGCGGCUGUGCCGCUUAUGGUGGUGUGGAGUGCGCGGUACGGGGAUGCGCUCGUGCGAUGCUCUCGGUGUUCGCGAUGCGUCGGCCGGAGGACGAGGAGCUAGGCGGUCGCGGCGACGGCGACGAGUUCGUGGACAUCUCACAUAUGCAACUACUUGUAGAGGCAGGCCCGAGCGGGUUGCACUACGGCGGUCCGCAACCACCUCUUGCGCAGCCGCAGCCCUACGCUCAACUGCCUGCGCACACAUCCCCAGUGACGGCCACGGCCACCUCCACUACCGCCUCCGUCGACGACUUGUUUGCCCUCUAUUUUACACCAACCACCCAUGGUACUUUGCCAGGCGAUGAGUUGUCGCUGGGAUGUUCGCCGCGGCGACACAAACAUGAGGCUUCAUUGUCUCCCGGUGCGCGCGCCGAGGACGCCAGUAAUGCGUCAAGCGCAAGCGCCUCGCUAUAUGCAACACCGAUGGGUGGCAAACGCGCACCCUCGCCUCCGCUACAGUGGCUGCUGCCGUCUGGUCCCGGCCCAGGUAGCGUCGAUAAAUAUUUUCAACAAGAGUAUGAAGAACGCAUUGAACUACUCCCUCCUGAAUGUCAGCCUUCUUAUUGUCCCCCUCCACAAGCUUGUCCGCAACAACAUUGUGAAUAUCGACCUCAGCCUCAGCAACAACCCCAACAUUCGUGGGAAACACAAGAGUAUGCUAGCGCACCGCAGCCGACUCCUGGACCCUCAGGAAUACCUAAACGAGAGCCUUAUCCUAGUCCAGCCAGCGACAGGCCUGUUCAGUUAGCCGAAUUUAACCAGUCCACGAGUAAAGGUCACGAAAUUCUUUCUCAAGUAUAUCAGCAGAGCGCUCAACCCCUUCGAUUAGUUGCUGUUAAACCUCGCAAGUAUCCUAAUCGUCCGAGCAAGACGCCUGUUCACGAGCGGCCUUACGCCUGUCCUGUGGAAGGAUGCGAUCGCAGAUUUUCACGAUCGGACGAGCUGACGAGGCACAUACGCAUUCACACAGGCCAAAAACCGUUCCAGUGUCGCAUCUGCAUGCGCUCGUUCAGUCGAUCUGACCAUUUGACGACGCAUGUGAGAACGCAUACAGGUGAAAAACCCUUUGCUUGCGAUGUAUGUGGACGUAAAUUCGCAAGGUCGGACGAGAAAAAACGCCAUGCAAAAGUGCAUUUGAAGCAACGACUGAAACGGGAGCGCGGUGGAGGCGGACCAACGCACCACCACGAGCCGCACCCGCACGCGCCGCUCUAGCCCGCCGUCCCCGGCUCUGCCGCAGCGACCUCCACCGCGCCCGCGCCGUCGCCGGUGCUUUCGCCCGCACAUUCCAGUGAGGACGCGCCCGCCUCUGUCGCGAGAUCCGGAACCGCGGAUAAAUGAACUGUUAAUUACUUUCACGUUGAAGUUAUUAAAUAAUUUCAUCGCAUAGGUGUAAAGAAGUUGUCUUUAACGAAGCUUUAUUAACUCUACAUUUGUAAAUUCACUGAAAUUUAUAUAUCUUUUUAUACAUAUUUGUAACUAUUACGAUAGAAACGAUCAACUUGAUGUAUUUAUUUUAAUUAGAUAGGAUAAUCGAAUGAAUUAGACUGGGAACAAAUAUAACUACGAAGCGAUGUGGCCUAAAGUGUCCAGCGCGACGGAAGAUUACGUGACUACGUCCCCGAUAUAUUCGGUGUAGCACUAACACAUAUCUUUCUGUCUGACGAUAGUCUUUAGCUAAACAUUAGAAAUGUUUCCAAGAUUGUUAUUGACCGUAAGGUCAAGUUCAUGUGUGUGCUGAAGUGAUCGUUGAGAAGUGAUAUGUAAUAGGCCUAUUUGCAGAAAGUUUCAGUUCAGAAAAUAUUUGCCAGUUGCUAAUAUAGGUUUAUAGAUUAACGAGCGUAGAUAGGUACUGUUUACUAUUAAAAAUAUUUACCUUCUAUUGAUGUUACAUUAAUUUAUGGCAAACAUUUUCUGACAGAACUGUCUUCUUAUUUAUUAAGUAGGGAUGUAUGUUAAUGUUCUUAUACUUUACAAAACUAACGUGAAACUGUGCCAUCAUUUAACUUUACCACGUGCCACGGCAAUUUGUUUUAAUACUAAGUGUAACACGACUGCUGAUUAAGUGAUAAUUAUUAUGAUAAAUAUCUUAUUUUAUUUUUAAUAUUUCUAGUCGAAGAUAUGGGUGUGAGAAUGUCGACUAAAGUUUGCUCUUGACCGUCAACUAAGAAACCCAUUCCUCUUAUUUUCGACAGCUGCUGUCAUGAUCUUUUCUUGCUCAAACGUUUGUUUAACAAAAUUUGCUCAAUCCUCUGGUUUUAUACUUACCGACUAAAUGGAUCUUCUACUCUAUAUCUAUAUCCGGCUUACUUUUACUGCACUUUGUUUUCUGUUACAUUCUUCCAAUUCUAUUUAUUUAUUUAUUUUUAUAAUUAGACUAAUUUAGUAAAGUUAUUAAGCUCGUAGAAUUUAAAUUUUGAUCUCUUAAUCAAUAUUAAUUAUUUGCAAGUAAAGCGAGGGCCCCUGUUUAUAAUACUCAAGUCUUCUGUUUAGAUAUAAAUACCAUGGUGUACAAUCAAUUUUGUUAGUUUCAUAGCAGCUGAAAUUUCAAUUAGGUAGUUAAUUUUAGCGCAAUUGAACCACUUCGGUGGACAGGAUUUCGACCGCUGUCACUGACAUCGAUUAUUUAACUAACAUAACAGUAUCAUUUUUAAUUGUUUACGUAAUGUUUUAUAAUUAAUAUAUAGAGCACAAAUAGUUUUACAUAUUUAUAGUUCAAAAUAUAUACGAAUCUAUAUAUUUAUAUUAAAAGCCUUCAACUUAAAACAUGGUUGUAUAAAAGUUCAAUAGAACGUUAUUUAUUUAAUAAAUUGUUGAAUUGAUCGCUAAGCAAGUGUAGUGCAAUCUGUAAAUAAUUCAAGUUAGAACAAAAAAAAAACAAAUCUAAACUUAGUCA